AUGCGCGUCUGUGGUGUGACCGAACGGGUCCGUCUUGGGCAGGUUCUCGAUAAUACCGAUGAACCCGAUAGCCCAGAGCCCAACGUUAGUAGUAAGAGCGUAUCUGGCUAUAUUAAGGAGAUCGCCGAACCCCCUCGCCGCACUUACCAGGAGACCACUGUCGCCUCCAAGUCCCACCCAAGCCUCGGGAGCAAGGGAGUCAUCGCGGACACGAGGCCACCUAACCCCAAGAGCGUCGCCGGGGUGUCGAAGAUCCUCGACGCGCCUUACGUGACUACCCUAAUGGGCGACUUCCAAGAGGCCCUAGCCGACGUGGAAGUCGACCUCCCAAAGGGCUCUAGACAUCUGGAGGACGUCGAGAGUAAGGUCCAUAUUAGAGAGAAACUUAAGUAUCUAUCUUCUGGCGCCGAUCUCAUUAAUGAUAGCGGCGACCCGCUCCCUGAAGAGUUCUACCACCUGGCCAAGCUGAUCGGCAUGGCUGUUAAGGAAGAGGCGAAGGCAGGAACUGCGGUGGCUCGCAACAACAAGGAUGAUAGUCCCGCUUAUUGUUGCGUUCCUCUUGAGUAUAUACCACCCCUGGCAAGAUUCCUCACAUCGCACCUACUGUCGCUCCUACGGGAUUUCGACAAUGUCAUUGGUGCUCUUUAG